AUGCUCAGAUUUGCUCUUUUCCUCGUUGCCAUCCUUGGAUACCUGCAGGUCACUUCCAGCCUGGCAAUUGAAUCGAGGGGCACCACAACACGCUCUUGUGCAGCCCGACCUAGCGGCCUCUGGAAACCGUCGCCAGGCACGACAUGGGAUUACCAACUUUCCCACCCGAUCACGUCGGCAUCGUCAUUGAACACAUCGCUGAAAGUUUGGGACGUUGAUGUGUUCGACAACAACGCCACCACCAUCCAGGCCAUUCAAAGUCUAGGGCUGAAAGUGAUCUGCUAUUUCUCCGCCGGAAGUUACGAGGACUGGCGACCGGAUGCCUCCUCCUUUGACGCCGCCGACCUGGGCAGUGACCUCGACGGCUGGCCGGGCGAGAGAUGGCUGAAUGUGUCAUCCCCGGCCGUCCGCACCAUCAUGGAUGCCCGCCUCGACCUGGCUGUGCGGAAGGGGUGCGACGGCGUCGAUCCCGACAACAUCGACGGCUACGAGAACGACAAUGGCUUGAAUCUGACCCAAGACGACGCAGUCGACUUUGUCUUGUAUUUGGCGAAUCAGGCCCACUCUCGCAACCUGUCCGUCGGCCUGAAGAACGGCGGAGCCAUCCUUCCAGAUGUGAUCGACUGUAUGGACUGGAGCGUCAAUGAGCAGUGUGUCGAGUACAACGAGUGCGACGUCUACGCGCCCUUCAUCAAACAGAACAAACCCGUCUUCCACGUCGAAUAUCCCAAGGGCGACGACGUCAACAACAACGAUGACGUGAGCGAAAGCACGAAAGAAUACAUCUGUGGCGAUGCCUCCGCCUCGGGCUUUUCCACAAUCCUCAAAAACAUCGAUCUCGACUCAUGGAUCGAGACUUGUUGA